CAGCGAAAAAGAAUAGGGAUUUUCUGUACUCGCGACACCACGCGCCUGCCUUAAUCGCAAAUAUAAUAUGGCAGGCAGAGGUACACACGAUAAUAAUAGAUAUGGAGAGCGGGCCCGUAAACCGCUACCGACGGAACCACCGUUCCUUGCGUACGUUGGCAACCUUCCGAAUGGCAUCGUGCAGGGUGACAUUAACUCCAUCUUCAAAGAGUAUGCGGUCAAGAGCGUGCGUCUCGUGAAGGACAAGGAAACGGAUGCAUUCAAAGGAUUUUGCUACGUCGAGUUUGAUACGCUCGAAGAUCUGGAAAAGGUGCUCCUGCUGGAUCGCAUGAUUGUGCUGAACGAACGACCGGAACCGUUGCGGAUUGAUGUGGCCGAGCAGAAGAAAAAUGAUCGCGGCGGGUUUAAUAGACGCGGUGGUCAACAGAAUCGCGGUGGUCCCGGUGUACCGGGAGGUGGCGGCGGUGGCGGCGGUGGCUACAACCGUGGCGGACCCACUCAGAUGAACAAUCGGCCGAUCAGCAGUGGUGGUGGCAGUGGUGGUGGCGGCGGUGGCGGUGGUGGAGGUAGUGGUGGUAUGGAUAGACAUUAUGGUAACGAUUACUCCCGAAACGAUUACGAUAGAAACCGUGGUGGACGUCCGAAUAGCUAUAAUGAUCGACCAGCAAAUCGAGGGAGGUACGGAAACUUUGGCGACGAGCGUGAUGGCGGUGGCCGGGACGAUUGGAACCGUGACCACGAUGGGCGUGAUGGACGUGGCGGCGGUGGUCGCGGCUACAACGAUCGCGACAAUUACGGACGCGACGAUGGCAAUAGGUACGGCAACUUUGGUCGUAAUAAUCAAUAUCGCGACAACGAUCGGAGAAAAGAUGCUCCACCAUCGUCGCACUACCCGCCACCAUCCAACCCCAGUUCCAACAUGGAGGAACGGCCCCGGCUCAAGCUGGCACCGCGCUCAACGAACGCGCCACUAAAUGCGUUGGCCGAAACGAAGCAAGCGGCUGCCAUAUUUGGCAAUGCGCGGCCCCGCGAAGAGAAAAUCAGCACGGAUAAUAAUGCGCGAAAGCACGCCAACAGUGUUGGUAGCGAAGGUAGCAGUGCGGACGGUGGUGGUGGUGGCAGUGCAUCAUCCUCCGCUACGGGGGCAGAUAAUUAA